CCUAGUAAAAACAGUCCCAAACCUUUCAACCCGAUGUAAUCAAAAUCAAAAUACACCUCCUCCCUUGUUGACGAAGUUAUACACUGCUUUUCCGUUUCAUGCGCCAACUACAAAACUCAAGAAUAUUUAACACAUGCUUAUUAAUAUACUCAACCUCCAAACCAAGCAAUGUAUCUUCAUCAUGUGCACAUGCUAAUGUGUAACACCACUGAGUACAAACUGAAUGAACCAACUACACAAAUAACAACAAUUUCACCACCUUCACCUCAUUUCUUCAUUACCACAAAACCAUUAAAAAAUGUUCGGAAAAGUUCUCAUUUCUUUUAUCACAGCGCUGUUAGUCUUUAUUCCAUGCUCAAUUUUGAUCGGAACACUCGACAUUCGAUCUUCUUAUCAAUCACCGGCGAUUGUUGCAGCUACUUCGUGUGCCGAUGAUAUUCCAUUAAGAGUCUACAUGUAUGAUCUUCCCCGUCGGUUUAACGUCGGCAUGCUGGAUCACCGGAAUACGACAGAAGCUCCGGUGACCGCUGUUGACUAUCCUCUAUGGCCUGAUAAUUCCGGUCUCAAGAGGCAGCAUAGUGUAGAGUACUGGAUGAUGGGUUCGCUUCUUAACGGCGGUGGCAAUGGAAGUGAAGCGGUAAGGGUUUUGGAUCCGGAGCAUGCUGAUGUGUAUUUUGUUCCUUUUUUCUCUUCGCUUAGUUUCAAUACUCACGGUCAUCACAUGACGGAUCCCGAAACGCAGAUUGAUCGUCAAUUGCAGAUUGAUUUGAUGGGAUUAUUAAGGCAAUCCAAGUAUUGGCAAAGGUCUGGAGGUAGAGACCAUGUAUUUCCUAUGACACAUCCCAAUGCUUUUAGGUUCCUGCGGGAUCAACUGAAUGAGUCUAUUCAGGUUGUUGUUGAUUUUGGUCGUUAUCCCAAACGCGUUUCUAAUUUGAAUAAAGAUGUAGUGUCCCCGUAUGUACAUGUUGUGGAUUCUUAUAUUGAUGAUGAGCCUCAUGAUCUGUAUGAGUCUCGCACCACUCUGCUUUUUUUCAGAGGGAGGACGCACCGUAAGGAUAAAGGCAUUGUUCGUGCUAAAUUCACAAAGAUAUUAGCUGGUUUUGAUGAUGUUCACUACGAACGGAGUUUUGCCACUGGAGAAAACAUAAAAUUGUCAUCUAAAGGGAUGCGUUCAUCAAAAUUCUGUUUGCAUCCAGCAGGAGACACGCCUUCCUCUUGCCGCCUUUUUGAUGCAAUUGUGAGUCACUGUGUUCCUGUUAUUGUGAGUGAUAAAAUUGAACUCCCGUUUGAGAAUGAGAUUGACUACUCUCAGUUCUCAUUGUUCUUUUCCUUCAAAGAAGCACUGGAGCCAGGCUACAUGAUCGACCAGCUUCGCAGUUUUCCAAAGCAGAAAUGGACUGAAAUGUGGAGGCAACUCAAAAACAUCUCCCAUCAUUAUGAAUUCUAUUAUCCACCCAAAAGCGAAGAUGCUGUUAACAUGCUGUGGAGACAGAUCAGGCACAAGCUUCCGGAGAUAAGACAAUCUGUUCAUAGAAGCAGGAGGCUUAAAAUCUCAGAUUGGUGGAAGAGAUAAUUUUCAGAUCUCUGAUCCAUCUUCGCAGACCUCAUACAUUUUCUCCAAUUACAGUGGCGUCCUGAAAGGGAAGAAGAGUAUAUUGACACGGCCACUACAAUUAUUAGAAAUUUAAAAUAGUGAAUUGGUAGCAUUUUCCGUGAUUUGUUUUGGUCCUUUACCUCUGAUUUGGCUGACAUUCUCACCUCACUUGGGAUCAUGACGUUUAUCUGCACUCUGCGGAUGGAGAUUCAAUGAUUUUCUGCCACUUCUGGAACAACACGGCUUCUUCUCUUUCUGAUCGUUUGGUUUAAUAGUUGCACAAGUGGGAAGAUAUGUUCUCAGGAUUUAUCAAAAAUCCAAAGGCUGCUUGUGCAUAUGCCAAAUGAAAAUGGUAAUUUGAAAAUUCUAAAGGUUACUUCCAGAUUGAUUGAUAGAGGUCAGUAAGCAGAGGAGGGAAAAAGACAGAAAAAAAGAGAUUACAAUUGUUUACGGUCAUUUUCCUGUCUUUAAACCUACUAGUUUGUACAUACUUCAUGUUAUUGAACGAGAAUAAUAAAAUUUCUUGAGUUCA